AUGACUUCGUGGGACGACUACCCUGUCUUCCACAAGUCAUUAACGGCCUGCCACUUCAGGGAGACAAAUCGCUACCACCAUCAGUUCAUUCGCCCAUCGCUGACCAGCUCCGACGGGGUGAACAACAAACUAGACGACGACCUGAAUGCCCUCCUGACGACUGUGCAGAAGGCGGGCAAGUCGAUUGUUCUUGUUGCCUUUCACGUCCGCGUCGGGACAGAUCAAGCUGCCUGGGAAGUGUCGGGUCCCCAUGGACUUGACGUCUGCAGCGACAACGGCCUCCUCUUUUGGAAAACCAGCACAGAACAUAGUCUCCUGCCGAUCAUCGCUUUCUGCCCUCCUUCGACACUUGAGAAUACAACCCCGGUGCAACCCUGCCCGCGGCGCUGGCAGCUGUUGGACUAUGUUUUUGUUUGGAUGCGAGAUUGA